AUGGCGGCGGAGGGCGGUGCGGAGCCCGGUGGCGGAGCGGGGUUGGUGCCGGUCCCGGUCCCGGUCCCGUCCCUCUCCCUCGUGGAGGGCAGCACCGGCCGCGCCGCCCGCAUCGGGGACCCUGGGGACUUGGUGGCCCUGGCCCGGCAGGUGCAGCAGGCGGACGACUUCAUCCGGGCCAAUGCCUGCAAUAAACUGACCAUCAUCGCCGAGCAGAUCCGGUGCUUGCAGGAGCAGGCUCGCAAGGUCUUGGAUGAAGCUAACCGAGAUGCUGACCUGCACCACGUGGCUUGUAACCUUGUGAAGAAGCCAGGAAACAUUUACUACAUGUACAGGCGGGAGAGUGGCCAGCGAUACUUCUCCAUCCUGUCACCUAAGGAGUGGGGGACCAGUCCCCAUGAAUUUCUGGGUGCCUAUAAGCUCCAGCACGACAUGUCCUGGACUCCGCUGGAGGACUUGGAGAGACGAGAUGCUGAAAUCAACAUCCUGGAGAAGCUGCUGAGCCGCCAGGCAGCGCUGCCCCCAUGCACUGAGCCCAACUUCCAGGGCCUGACCAAGUGACACAGGCACCGUACAGGACCCCCAGAGUGUGAGGACACAAGGUGCCUGCGUGCUGCCAAAGGCAGGGCAAGGAAAGAGACCAAGGAAUGAAGAUGCUGAUGCUGCCAGUACUUGCUCUGUGCUUUAAGGAACCUCAUUCUGCAUUCAGCCUUACUGGAUUUUCUAGUAAUUGAGUAAUUUAUGUCUUUGAUUAUGCCAAGCUGUAGUGAGAGGUGGAGGAGAUCAGGUGGAGUCAAUUGCAAGAGGACUUGGGGCAAAAAGCAGAAGUGCUUGGGGCCAGUGUGGUAAUGCCCUGAAUUACGUCCUGCCUGUCCAGCUCUGGUGUUCCUCACUGUGACUGCCUGUGGCAGGAUGAGUUCAGGGCUGGGUUUUCCCCCUUGUUAAAAUUCACAUUGUGGCAUGUGGAGCUGCUCUGUGAGGAGGUGAGGUGGGAAUGUGCUGAUGGACAUGUCCAGGUUGGAUCCCAACGUAUACCAUCAGUCUGGUUGCUCCUUCCCAUGACUUGUUCACCUCCUUGAGAAGACAAGAUAGUCUUAUGUGCUGCUCAAGGCAUUGCCUGUGCACACUGGCCUUAGUGCAUCUCCUCUGCUGGAGAUGUGUGAGGGUUGGGGACUACUUGUGGAAGGGGAAUUAUGAGUCCACCAAGUAGACUUGUGGUUGGGCUCCAUAACAUCCACCUGCAUUUGUGGUUGGGCUCUCCUGCCUUCCAGGGUGGUGGUGGAAGAGCAGUGUCCUCUGUUCUCCAUGGCAUGGCUCUCAAAAUAAUCUCUUCAGCUCCUCUAAACUUCCUUGUUCCCUUUCUAGCAUUGAUUUGUUUGUCUCACACAAGGUUCCCAGAGCAUCCUGCUCCUCCUGGCCCUUGCCUGCUGCUGGUAAGGGUUUGGGUGCCCCGUUGGAGUCCUGCAGUGUUCUCCCAGGUCACCCUCAACUCACACCUCUCCGUCUCGAUGCCUGAACCUACUGCUUUGGCUUUGGUGCUGCAGUCACUGCCAAGGGGAGGGAGGACCUCUCUGCACCCCUGCUACACCCUGAGAGAUGCUGGAGGCUGCUGGAAGCACCAAUUCCCUGUGGGAAGAGCCAUUCCCUGCAAGGAUCGCAGAGGGAUGGGAGGUUUGAGGCAGCUCCUUGGCAGCCCAGGGAUGAUUUUGUCCUGGAUUUUCUUCUCCCAGCUCUGCUCAGCCCCAUUCCAGUGUGCCUGGUCCAGGAGUCAAUGAGGGACAUUUCAAUCACCUUUUCGCAGUGCCCUCCCUCAUUUGGAGCACAAGGGCAGAUUAAAAGCAAUGUAUGAUUACUAUUAUUAUUAUUAUUAUGAGGCCAGGGUAUAGUUAAUUCCUUAUCGAGUCCCAAGUGUCUUAAUUUGAUGGUUCUUUCCCUGCCUGUUUCAUUGCCCCAGGUCUUAUUUUACUGCAUGUCAUUAAAUGUGAACUUGGAAGGGAGAAAGUUAAUUACAGCAUGGGCUUUGCCACGGUGCUAAUUACAGCAACAUCAGAGACCUUCA